AUGCUCCGGGCAGAUGUAUAUUGCUCUCCGCUUUAUAGUCCUCCACAGGUCAAGUUAGUGAAGGUCGGUAGCAGCUCCAGCUCAUGGCUGAUCCAAUACCGCAGUGCUCGAAGGCUAACCAAGGGGGUUUCUGUCAAAGCCUUGAAAGAUGAGGCAGGUGGGGAAACGAGUGGUUUCCGUGGCCAGAGUUGGGAUCCCGGGUCAGAAAUGGAGGUUCCUUAUGAACAAAGGCCGGUGAAUGAGUACUCAUCUCUGAAGGACGGAGUUUUAUACUCGUGGGGUGAACUGGGACCUGGGCCUUUCCUCCUUCGUCUUGGAGGUUUGUGGUUGGUAACUUUCACAACUCUAGGAGUGCCUAUUGCAGCUGCAAGCUUUAAUCCAUCAAGGGAUCCUCUAAAAUUUGCGCUAGCUGCCGGAACUGGAACUCUUUUUGUUGUAUCGUUGAUCGUCUUAAGAAUUUAUCUGGGAUGGAGUUAUGUUGGUGAUCGACUACUAUCAGCAGUCAUACCUUACGAAGAGAGUGGCUGGUAUGAUGGACAAAUGUGGGUAAAGCCACCUGAGGUCUUGGCUCGUGAUAGACUAUUGGGCUCUUACAAGGUUAAACCCGUCAUCAAAUUGCUGAAACAGACUCUAGUUGGAACAGGGGCAUUACUUGUCACAGGAGUGUUGCUGUUUAUCUUUGCUACACCGGUGGAGGAUUUCAUUCACACCACAUUUGGCAUAAAAGAUAACUCAUCAAAUGUUUCCGCCUCAAAGAUCAGCACAAAGUUCAACAUAAGAAAAGAGGAGUUGCUAAAAUUGCCUACGGACGUGAGGUCUGAUGAUGAUCUAGCAGCAGCCGCUGCUGAGGCUGCUGAUGGAAGACCAGUCUACUGCAGAGAUAGGUUUUAUCGUGCAUUAGCUGGUGGGCAGUACUGCAAAUGGGAGGAUCUACUUAAGUGA